AUGGCAACAUCAUUACGGACCUCGGCCUCAAUGGCUCUGAGAGCCAAGCCGACGACUCACCUCAUCCCGUACCGAUCCAUCGCCGCUAUCUCCUCCUCAUCACGCAAAGAUGCCGCCCCGGCACAGCACUCCGUAACGCCGCAUAGCGCGUCCGGCCUCCUCCAGCGGAAGGAGGUUCCUCUAGCGAGCCAGGAGGGCACAAAGGGUGUUAUCCAAUAUGCACUGACCACGCUCGACAUAAUGGCCAACUGGGCGCGGCAGUCGUCGCUGUGGCCCAUGACCUUCGGGCUGGCGUGCUGCGCCGUCGAGAUGAUGCACCUGUCCACGCCGCGCUACGACCAGGACCGCCUGGGCAUCAUCUUCCGCGCGUCGCCGCGCCAGUCGGACGUGAUGAUCGUCGCCGGCACGCUGACCAACAAGAUGGCGCCCGCCCUGCGCCAGGUCUACGACCAGAUGCCCGACCCCCGCUGGGUCAUCAGCAUGGGCUCCUGCGCCAACGGCGGCGGCUACUACCACUACAGCUACUCCGUCGUCCGCGGCUGCGACCGCAUCGUCCCCGUCGACGUCUACGUCCCCGGCUGCCCGCCCACCAGCGAGGCCCUCAUGUACGGCAUCUUCCAGCUGCAGAGGAAGAUGCGCAACACCAAGAUCACGAGGAUGUGGUACCGCAAGUAG